CGGCGGCGGCGGCGGCGGCGGCGGGCGGCAGCCUGGUGCCCGCGGCGCGCCAGCAGCACUGCACGCAGGUGCGCAGCCGGCGGCUCAUGAAGGAGCUGCAGGACAUCGCGCGCCUCAGCGACCGCUUCAUCUCCGUGGAGCUGGUGGACGAGAGCCUCUUCGACUGGAACGUGAAGCUGCACCAGGUGGACAAGGACUCGGUGCUGUGGCAGGACAUGAAGGAGACCAACACCGAGUUCAUCCUGCUCAACCUCACCUUCCCAGACAACUUCCCCUUCUCGCCGCCUUUCAUGCGGGUGCUCAGCCCGCGCCUGGAGAACGGCUACGUGCUGGACGGCGGCGCCAUCUGCAUGGAGCUGCUCACGCCGCGCGGCUGGUCCAGCGCCUACACCGUGGAGGCCGUCAUGCGCCAGUUCGCCGCCAGCCUGGUUAAGGGCCAGGGGCGCAUCUGUAGAAAAGCCGGCAAAUCAAAAAAAUCCUUCAGUCGCAAGGAAGCUGAAGCGACCUUUAAGAGUUUGGUGAAGACUCAUGAAAAGUACGGUUGGGUCACCCCUCCCGUCUCUGAUGGCUGAUGUUUGCAACGUGCAUUAGACGCUUAAGCCGCCUCUCCACACACACAGAUACCCGACAUCUUCUCCUCAACGCUGAGCAUCCUCCAUCCUUUUUUACUCCAGCCGGAACUGAAUCCUGAAUGCCAAGGAGACGUUUAAGUUAUUUAUGAAUAGACGUGUUUACAGAGAGAAAGAGGGAGCCAACGCUGUUCGGGAUUAGGUUUCGAUUAUAAAUGAAUGAUCAUCUCUAAGUCACUUUAGAACAAAUGUUGAGAUGGUGACAUGUCCCCGCCUGCCUGCCCCUCUGCCCGCCCCAGUCACAUCGCCCUGAGCUUCUUUCCAUGACAGCAGCUCCAAAGAGUGGGCAGGAAACUCAACGCCCGCUGUUCGACCCAUCUACAUGUAAAUGGCGCCGUUCAUAUUUGAUAGGAACGCCCCGCAUAGCCGGUACAUGUUUGCUGUGCUCUGUAUCCCUGUUUCUCUUCCUGGCAGGUCAACAUAACUUGAAGACGUGUGUCUUUCUGUGGCCCCAUGUGACGACAUGUAGACCUCAUUUGUGCUAUGACUUUUGGCUCAUGAAAACAAAAAUUUCAUAUUGCCAGGUUCUGGUGAUUUAAAACAACAACUGCCCACUUGGUUAAAAUGUGCUCUCUCUGCUGAUGUUGCGGUGCGCGGCUGUCCACAGAGAAACCAGCGCCCUUCGAUGAAAGGCAGGGGGUGCUGUGGCCACCAUGGGGCACACGACGGUGCAGACACCAGGUGCGCCCUCCCUGGGGCUCAGAGCACCGGAGGGUCAAAUGCGGACAGUUUCCUCCGAUGUUCUGAAAUGCUCCUAUGAUUACAUACAUCGUGUUCCUGUCUUCUCUCCGCUGGUCAACCCACCACCAAAAGCAAAAGACAAUUUCCCAUUCACUGAAGUCAUCUGACUCAUUUUAUUCUAUGUGCUAGGGAAUGCCAGAACUGCCAAAGGGUACCAAGUGAUCAUACGACGAUUUGCAUGACCGGGUUUAUUUCUUUACCCAGUAGUCACUUGUGUGUCCCCUGAGGCUGGGAUGCGUGAGCCCCCUCACCGUGAUAUAAACCUCCUGUUAUUUAAUCUCCCCACAGUUUCAUUUCUCUCUUCUGUUAAGUUACUUAGAACUUUCUAAGAAACUCCAUGAGAUGAGGAAAUACUGUUUAUAAUAAUAUGCGGAAAGAGGUAAAAUUGUUCAUUCCAAGUGGAAAAUCUUAUUGGACACAUUUUAAAUAAAAUCGUGCAUACCUGA